CUCUCCCUCGCCUCCCCUGCACUCGCAUGUAAAAUGCACAGGAAAACAUGCUUGACAUUGUUGAGAAAACACUCGGACCUCGCUGCUCCACCUGACAGUCUCUCAGCUCUCCGUUUUCAUGUUUUGUUUUUUUCCUCUCCGCGCUGCGCUUGAAGCACAUUCUGCCCGUCAUCGUGUCUAGUGGCAAAAAAAAAAAAAAAAAGCAGCAGAUUUCUGCUGAUGCAGUGAUGUCUGGAAAUGUCAAGGGCUCGCUUAUUGCCCCUUAAUGUAUCUCCCCCCCGAACUGCAGCGCAAGAUUUUCUCCUGCGGUAUACUGUAAGCUGUUCACACCACCGUGCCGCCGCGCAAGCAACUACCGACGCUGCUGCAGCUUUGCGGUCUUCUCUCUUCGCUCCUUUCCCAGCUCAGGCUCUGCUCAUCACACUCCUCUGACUCUCAUUUUGGGUGGGUUUUUUUUUUUUAUUGUUGUUGUUGUUAAUUUUUCUUCCAUUUUUUGCAUCCUGCUUACUGACACAGUUUGGAUGGAGACGACUACAGUGGGCUGUUUUUUUGUAGGUGCAAUGUAAAGUUGCCACAUGACACCCACUGGUGCCCUGCUGUUGGAUGAUUUUACUCGAGGAUAAGACGCAUUCAAGACCUUUCAAGAUCAACCCACGAAGCAGCAGCAACAACAGCUGCAGAUGCGCCGGAGAGCAGCAAUGGUCAAGUCAGCGAGAACCGCAGUGGAGCCGCACUGAGGCAGAGCAGCCAAGCAGCGCCCUCCUAUCUGGGGACGUCUCCAACAAUCUAAGGGGUGUGGGAAGCCGAGGAGUGGAAAUUUUCGUUCCCCCCCUCCGAUCCUGAAUGCCUUCUCAGUCAGACUAACCGACAUCCCAACACAAGUCCUUCUCCUCUUCUUUCUCCAUCACCUCCUCCUCCUCUUUCCAAAAUGACCGUGGUAGCAGGAGACAACAUGGACGAGACCUCGGCCGUCCCGGGCCACCCUCAGGACACCUACCCACCAGACCACAACGACCACGAGUGCUGCGAGAGGGUGGUCAUCAACAUCGCCGGUUUGCGCUUCGAGACGCAGCUCAAAACUCUCUCCCAGUUUCCGGAGACAUUGCUGGGAAACCCCAAGAAGCGGAUGCGCUACUUUGACCCACUCAGAAAUGAGUACUUCUUCGACAGAAACCGACCCAGCUUUGAUGCCAUCCUGUACUAUUACCAGUCCGGGGGACGGCUCAGAAGACCAGUCAACGUCCCUUUGGAUAUGUUCUCUGAAGAGAUUAAGUUCUACGAGCUGGGAGUGGACGCCAUGGAGAAGUUCCGAGAGGAUGAGGGCUUCAUCAGGGAGGAGGAGCGUCCUCUACCUGAGAAGGAGUUCCAGCGUCAGAUCUGGCUCCUCUUCGAGCAUCCGGAGAGCUCAGGCACCGCCAGAGGGAUCGCCAUCGUGUCUGUGAUGGUGAUCCUCAUUUCAAUAGUCAUCUUUUGUUUAGAGACUUUGCCCCAGCUGAAAGAGGACCCGAUGGGUCGAAUAGAACGAGUGGGGAACACCACCAUUUAUUACAAGCCAAAUAUCCUCACUGACCCCUUCUUUGUCAUUGAGACUCUGUGUAUCAUCUGGUUCUCCUUUGAGCUGAUAGUGCGCUUUUUGGCAUGCCCGAGCAAACCGGCCUUCUUCAAGAACAUGAUGAACAUGAUCGACAUCGUGGCCAUCAUCCCUUACUUCAUCACGCUGGGCACCGAGCUGGCCGAAGACCCGGAGAGCGAGGGGGUGGGGGAGCAGGCAACAUCUCUGGCCAUCCUCAGGGUGAUCCGUCUGGUCAGGGUGUUCAGGAUCUUCAAGCUGUCACGACACUCCAAAGGACUGCAGAUUUUGGGGCAGACCCUCAAAGCCAGCAUGCGAGAGCUGGGAUUGCUGAUCUUCUUUCUGUUCAUUGGAGUCAUCCUGUUCUCCAGCGCUGUCUACUUUGCCGAGGCAGAGGAGCAAGGAUCCUACUUUGGCAGCAUCCCAGAUGCGUUUUGGUGGGCUGUUGUGUCCAUGACAACUGUGGGCUAUGGGGACAUGGUGCCGGUCACUAUAGGGGGCAAGAUUGUAGGAUCUCUGUGCGCCAUCGCCGGGGUGUUGACAAUUGCUCUCCCGGUGCCUGUCAUUGUGUCCAACUUCAACUACUUCUACCACCGGGAGACCGAGGGAGAAGAGCAGGCCCAGCUGCUGAAUGUCAGCAACCCCAACAUCCCCUCUGAAACCAACUCCAGCCGCCGUAGUUCAUCUACCGUCAGCAAGUCAGAGUACAUGGAGAUUGAUGGAGACAUAAACAAUAGCAUCGACAAUUUUAGGGAGGCAAACCUCAGAACUGGCAAUUGCACUAUAGCCAACCAAAACUGUGUAAAUAAAAGCAAGCUGCUUACAGAUGUUUAGACACUAGUUAGGAACUUUAGGAUCUCUACGGGACUGUCACAUGUGGAGUAGACCAUCAGUUAGGAAUGCUUCAUUUACCUCCCCAAAGCGCUCUAUGGCACUAGGCCUACAACUACGCUCAGCUAUACAGAAAGGAAACAGAAAAAACAAAGCUGUUAGAGUAUAUGACAGGUAGAUAGAAUAAUUAAUUCUUCCGAUCCUACGAAUAUGUAGUUAUAUCAAAAAGAAAACAUUGAUUAUUACACGUAUACGCGGCUCCCUCAAGGACGCAGAGCACAGCCUGUCUCAUCAGACGACGGCGUGAUCAUUCAAUUCUUAUGCAUGGAGUACAGAUUACAUUUCAGCAAGUUGCACAAUGCACCAGAAACGACUGCAGACAUGCAAGCAUCUGCAGCCAAGUGGUAAGCGCCAAGAAGUUAGGAGACCCUCCCCACCCUCACCUCUCCUUCCUCCUCUCUCUUUCUCUCUCUUUCUUCCCCACAAAGGAUCUACUACUCAGCAAAGCACCUUAUAGGAGGAAGACUGAUCUCUCUUGUUUGGAUGUAAACAGAUGGUGAUCUACUUGCUUCACGGACAUCUGCAAUGCUGCUGUUUUCUCAGCAUUUGCUGUAAUUGUGUUAUCACCAAGUGAUUCAAUGCCAUGCCCUUUAGAUGCAACACAGCACAAUGAUAAAGUGAGCUUCACACGAGCAUGAUUAGAGACUUUCCAUUUUGAUAUCGGCAUGCAUGAGACAUAUCUCACACACUGGAAAGGAUGUUCUUUUGGAUAUCUGCCUCCAUUCCCCCCCCCUCAUCUGUUUUCAUACUGAGUGCACUGGAUGAGUUUUUAAUUUGAAAUGCUAAUCAUUUAGAAGUAUAGAAAUUGAAUGUUAAAUCUUAAGGGAACAGUACAUAAAUGAGAUCAUAGCAUGAAAAAAGUAACCUGCAUUAUGGUCUAUCGACUAAGGUACUUUUGUAUCCUGGUAUAUUUAAUGCAUGACGUGAGUAUUCAGCUUGUUGCAAUUCAGGCACUCUGCAGUGCCCUAUUGUCAGGGAAACUAAGGAAGUCAAAUUCUGGAUGUUUCUGAAUUGUGAUCAAAUAUAUCCAAACCCACCUUGAGGAUGCAGAGUUUCUAAUUUAAAAGUAGACAAAGAAACUGAAUAAAUAUUAUCAAAAAUGCAUAUAAUCAUAAUACGCACCAAUUACAGUAUUAGUCAAUAGUGCAGUGCAUGGACCUUCUUUGAACAAGAAAAGUGAACAUAUUUUUAGUCAUGCUUCCAUCUCCACGUCUAAUUUUACUGCAUAUUGGUUUCAAAUCCACUAAAAAAAAAAAGGAUCAAAUACCAAAUUUCACGUCAUAUUUCGGAGGAUUAUUCUGACAUUAGUUGCUAGUGCCUUUAUCCCUUUCACCAACAGGACCAGUGAAAGUGCCUCUGUGUACAGUGGUAUUUGUGUGGUUGAGCAGAGCUGGUCUACCUUCUGUUUUGGUGUUGAUACACAGUCGGUUACGAUGUUAAAGAUGCCAGAUGAGCAAGCUUGAAACAGCAGGUGACUAUUGGUCAAAAAAGAAAAAAAACAAAACUAGAUGAUCCAUGCUGUCAUGCACAACCCAGUUUUCACGCUGUCACACACUUAAUUAAGCCCUUAAGCAGCAAUGUAUUGUACUCUGCAUGUUUACCAUUCCAAUUCAAAAAGGGAAUAUCCAUCAAGAUUUUUAGUUAUGCCUGUUGUUUUUCUUUGUGCACCAUGCAUCCUUUCAGGGUCUCUACCUCAGUGAGGUCAUUGCAAACUUGCUGCAGAGCCGCAAGCUUCAAUGCAGGGCUUCCUAUACCAUAAUGCAAAAUGGAACCUUAAGUGUAAACUGCAGUCAUGCAAUAUUGAAUGUGAGAGUCCCAAAGCAUAGCCUUUACAUAAGCACUUAGGACAAAUAGUGUACCACAAUCCUGCUCCUUUUUUCACUUAAAGCUACGCACAAUCAGGGCGUUCAUUUGUAGAGAGUUUGUGGAGAUUGCUUGACUCUCCCGACGGGAUGAGGUUGACUGUGUGAUGUGUUAGUUUCUUUGAAGCAGUGCCACGUUGGGUCACUGUUGUGUCACAGGAAAACACCUGAAUGUGUUUAAACACAUCUGUGUCGAAUACAGCGGUAAAAAAAUUUAAGUAGUUUUUAAAUCUGUCAUACUGCAGUUCUUGGGCAUUGCGAUGCACAGCAGAGUGCAGCCCAUCUUUUUUGCACAAUCAUGUUAUUCUGUUGCUUGAGCUAUCUUUUUGCUUUUUUUUUUUUUUUUACUAGUGAGUUUCUUUUUCUGUUUCCCUGUGCUUGCUCAUACGUCGUUGCAUAGUUUCUCUGCAUAUUGUUCCAGACAGGCGAACUGCAGGUAGAUUGGGACACAUUGUAACGACUACUUGAAAAUCUCCAGCUACUGUACAUCAGUCUACACUCAGUAUUGAGAUGAAUUCAUCCAAAUGAUAGUAAGAUUUUGUACUGUACGCUCUGUUUUCUUGUCUUUCUUUCUUUUCUUUUUCUUUUUUAGCACUCUCCUGACUAGGUCCUGUCAAAAAAAAAAAAAAAAAAAAAAAAGCUCCACUGCAGUGCUACUUGAAUGUCAUAGUUGUUUCUGUUGGUGCAAUGGCUAUUCUCUGUGGUGCUAGUACAGGACUACCAUUGUUGUCUUGUUACCAUAAUACGUUAUCUGAAAGCAGAAGCAAGACUGCGUUAAUUGUUUCGGACAAGAUGAUUUUCCAUUCAGUGAUUUUUCUUACGUUAUUGGUGGCUGGCCGGUUAGUUUAGGGCACCGUUUGUCAUUUUAUUUGGAACUGAUCUUUGUACUGUACUAAUGAAGAGCGUCUGCCUCAGGCAAGAUAAAUAUGUUAGAUGUCAGGAGUUCAAAAUAAAAUGUUGUUCAACUUGUCUAGGCUUUCUCGCACAGAGGGGCACAAGUAAUACCCACUACCAUAUAUUAUAAUACUAUAUAUAGAAUGACACAGAGAAAUUAUUGUAGUCUCCUAAACGCAGCUAUCAGGAAAUUGUUUGCUUUGCUCACAAAGUUUCUCGUAACACUGAUUCUUGACAGUAGUGAUGUGUGCAUGAAAUCUGACGUGAGGUGAAGAAAAUACAAACGAUGCCCCUCAUGUUAGCAGCGCUACUCCUGCUGUGAAGGCAUGGACGGAUGGUGCUACGCAUUCAGUUACCCAACAGAAACAUGCAUUCUUAACAGCAAUAGAAAAAAAAAAAAACAGACAACCUGUUUCUUAGAUGCUUUUUGUACAAAAAAAAAUUAAAAAAAUAGUAGGAAAACAAAAUCUAUUUUGAAUGUCAGAGAAACUGCGAUCACUUGACAGAUACUCACAACAGGGCUGUUUAAAACUCCUUUGUUCUGGGAUUUUUUCAGGUCGGCGGGGUCAAACGUAGAGGCGGACAUUUUAUCGAGAGAAACCUGUGAAAAACCCAAAUAUAGGCUUUGUAGUAGUUCCCAUUAAGCACCCUGGUCGGACUGGAGUUGUUUUAUUGUCAGGAACAAAGGCUGCAAAAGGGGUUCAGUCAAACCUAUAACAGAGUCCCAAAGGAAGAAGAAGCCCAUAAUGCACUUAGAGAGGAUCUAUCUUCAGUUCACUGGACUGAUCGGCGGUUAGAGAGAAAGUCAGAGAAGGUGCCUAAAAUGUUUUACAUAUUCAUUUGUUUUAGCUCACUGUCAGAUGUUACGCUUCUGCAAACUAACACGAAUAAGAAGAUCUAAUAAAAAAAAAUAAUACAUGACAACAUUAAUCUAAUUAAGAAAAUAACACAAAAUGUCAUGAGAAUAAAAUGCUAUUUAGCUAGAAUAAGAUAGAGAAAAUUAACCACUAUAUACUAGAAUUAUGGAAAACAAGUUUAAUGUGUGUUCUUACUUUCCUUUGUUUCUGUUUUGUUGGUUUUUUGGUGGCACUGUAACAUGACUGAUUUAGGAAGAACAUGCCUUAUACUGGAAUAUCAAAAUAAAAUGUUCCUCCAGCAAGCCAUGAUAAUGAAACUACUGUAUUAUGAUCACUUGCUAUACACUAGAUGAUAUGGACAAGAAGUGUACUACUAUAUAUAUAAAAAAAAAAACUAAAAAAAACAAACAAAAAAAACUACACAUGGUUUGUCUUUUUUUUUUUUUUUUUGGUUUCAAGAAAAAGAAAAAUACAGGAUUCAUUCAAAACGCCAUGUUCACGUUUUUUUCCAACUCUCUGCUGCUGAACCUUCUGCUAUAAUGUAUCUCUACAGAAACCUACUGAUCGCAAAAAACUGCAUGGUCGAUGGAAGACUGCAUGAGCUUUGCCUUUCAAACUGUGGAUCAACUAUAAUACAGUUGCAUCGUUUUAAAAAAGAAACCCUUGCUUUCAUCUGCACCAAGGCUUCCUGUAAGGCCCUGUUGAGAAGUUGUCGUGAAACGUGUCCUCUGCUGGAUUUCUAUAAAGCACCUUAGCGCUGACCUCAUCACUAAGACGGCACCGGGGUAUCCGAGCCGUACUCUCCCCCGUCUUGUGCGUGAUGUUCAGGUUGUGCUUGCUAGGCUCUGAAUGUGAGCAAGGACAUCAAGGGCUAGUUUCUUAGACUUUAUCUCUGUUCUAGGACUGAAACGCUCUUUCAAGUGACAUUCUGCCCAUUCCUAUCUCAGUCUAGACUCUAGUGAUACUGUGUUGUGGGAAACAUGUCCAUCGUGUCUAAAACAGGGCCUGUGCCGCACACCCUCCUGUGUCCUUCACCGGUUUUGAGGCAUUCUUGUUUAUUAAAAGUGUGGAUAUUGGACUGCCUGCUGAGGAGGCACUGAACAGGACCGAAUGUUGGGAUGCUGUGUACCUCACUCGCCAAAGGUGACAAUACAUGAGAAGUACUUGUUUGUAUUAGAAGUGUGAUGGCUAUGAGUUUGUCCUUUCUGUCAAGAAUGCACGUUUAACUGCUGGUAGGGAAGCUGGGCCUUUUUGGGAGCAAAGCGCUAAAGGACUGUUGAACUCUCCUGCUCUUCUUUACAUCCAACACGCAAGCCAAACUCUGAUUGUGUUAUCUAAUCCAGCCGUCAUUGUCAUGUUGUGUUUACCAAGGAUUAUGCUACAAUGUGUUCAGUUUGUCAGAUGAUGACAAAGGCAUGGUCUGUGAUCUAUGCAAGGGUUAUUUGUUUUUUCUUUCUCUUAUAUCACUUAUGAGUUCAUCUUACAUUAACUUCAAUAAAUUUUUAAGGAUC